AUGAGAUUGUUGUCUACUGCGAGGCCCGGCUGGCACCGCAAGUCGGACCGGCACUUGUGCGAGCUGAUCCAUGGGUCGGAGAGCCAACUUCCUCGGUUGCCACCGAACGCCGCUUACCGGGCGCGCUUCAAGCGCCGACUCCAAAAGGUCCUGAUCGUCUGGAACGACCAUCCCCAGGCUCGGAUCUACCUGCGCAGCAAAGCAGCCCUCGCGUUCGAGAAACGCCGGCACGGCAUAUCGGCUCACUGGUGGGUCGCCCAUCCCUGCAGCAAAUUCAGAUUUUUCUGGGACGUCGUGAUGACGUUUACAUACCUGUACAUGUUCACGGUGAUCCCGUUUACGAGGAAUUUCUACCGAUUACCAAACAAAGGGCUCAGUUCCGCAAGCGAAACGGCAGCGAAACUAUCAAUGUCAGGCUACAUUAUUUGCUUGGCCGACGUUUUCAUGAACUGCAUCACCGGAUACAUAUCCGAGGACGGUCACGAGAUAUUCAUCGAUCCCGUCCGAAUACUGCGUUUGAACGUAAGCUUACAGCUUACAGGAUCAGACAUGAGAUUGUUGUCUACUGCGAGGCCCGGCUGGCACCGCAAGUCGGACCGGCACUUGUGCGAGCUGAUCCAUGGGUCGGAGAGCCAACUUCCUCGGUUGCCACCGAACGCCGCUUACCGGGCGCGCUUCAAGCGCCGACUCCAAAAGGUCCUGAUCGUCUGGAACGACCAUCCCCAGGCUCGGAUCUACCUGCGCAGCAAAGCAGCCCUCGCGUUCGAGAAACGCCGGCACGGCAUAUCGGCUCACUGGUGGGUCGCCCAUCCCUGCAGCAAAUUCAGAUUUUUCUGGGACGUCGUGAUGACGUUUACAUACCUGUACAUGUUCACGGUGAUCCCGUUUACGAGGAAUUUCUACCGAUUACCAAACAAAGGGCUCAGUUCCGCAAGCGAAACGGCAGCGAAACUAUCAAUGUCAGGCUACAUUAUUUGCUUGGCCGACGUUUUCAUGAACUGCAUCACCGGAUACAUAUCCGAGGACGGUCACGAGAUAUUCAUCGAUCCCGUCCGAAUACUGCGGUCAGUUCGAUCGCCGAAUUUCAGGCAUUACAUGCGACGGCUCUUCAUCAUAGAUCUGCUGUCUUCGAUCCCGUACACGUGGUUUUCCCAGGGCCGGCCCGAAGAGCCGGGCCCCGACGUAAACCUGUACUUCUUGGUCCUCGAAGUCCUGCCGUUGCUCAAGUUUUUCCGGCUGCCCACUCUCAGGCGCUACGUCAAACAAAUAGUCGUGGUGUGCGGCGCGUCCCGGGUUUACCAGCAGAGCCUGUGGAUACUCAUAAUGACGAUUUUGAUUUUUCACUUGGCUGCGUGCUUCACCUACGCCGUGCCCAUUUUUUACGCCUAUCUCAUGAUGACGCCCAAAGAGAAUUCGGAAGGUUUUUUGUUCAAAACGAAGCUUUACGAAGAGCCCACGUGGUACAUCUACCUGACGUGCUUGCACAUGGGCGGUGGCAACCUUUGCAGCUACAACUACACAGAGUUCAAAGAUGCCGAUUUUCCCGACAAGUUGACGCGAUGCGUUUUACUUUUGCUCGGCAUGUCGUACUUUCUCUACGUCACAGUUAUCGUGUUGCAACUGGUGAGCUCGUCCGCCGAGCCCGAACUCAAGUACCAGUCGAUAAUGCACGGGGUCAAGGAUUACAUUCGCAAUAAAAAAUUGCCAACGAAAUUGAAGGAAAGACUGUUGCAUUUUUACGAGCACCGAUUCCAGGGCAGUUUGUUCAAAGAAAAAGCUAUAACCUCCACCUUGUGCAAGCAUUUGAAAAACCAAAUCACUCAGCAAAGCAGUAGAAUCCUGCUGGAGUCGACUCCCCUGUUCACCAAUAUUUCACGCACUACUUUGACCAACAUAAUCGGUGCAUUGAAACAAGUGAUUUUCCUUCAAGACGACGUUAUUUAUAAAUGCGAUUCGACGGGAAAAUGCAUGUACUUUAUCGUCACCGGCACCGUCGCCAUGAUCAGCUACUCGGGAAAAGAAGUAUUCAAUUAUUACCUCAUCAUAAUAUUCGCUCAACGAAUCCAUCGACUAAUCAUAUUUUUCACUCGCUAA